CACCAAUGUCACUGUUCAGUUCCAACCGUGUAUCGCUAUUCAGCGAUAAUGUCAACAUUCAUCAGACACUAGUAAGCGUUGUUUUUUGACCUUGACCUUCUGAGUGUCUACUAACGCCUAGACUGCUCCUUCCGACGCAUGGUACGCCUCUGUGUGGGACAAUCUAAAGCCGUGGUCUGAGUUCUUUGACUACAGACGCGUACAUUUUCCACAGUUCCUGACGGUGGCGCUCCGAGCCAAAAAAACAACGAUUCUAACCAAUCUCGAGUACUUUAAGUUCAACUACGUGAUUGUAUUUUCGCUCAUUGGGUUCAUGGAGCUCUUUACGAACAUUCCGUUGCUUCUCGAUUUGACGUUUGCCGGCACUGCAGUGCACUAUAUCCGAAAGAUCCGCUCCAAGAGUGUCAAGCUCCACGUGGCGGGGAAACAGGUGCGCCUCACGAUCAGCCAGUUGUACAUAGUGGUCGCUGUAGUCUUCUUCCCGAUUCUCUUCUGGAGCUCGCCCGUCAUGACGUUGGUGUGGUUGAUGUUGACUGCCGGCAGUUCUGUCUUUCUACACGCGUUACUUCUUGACAAGCCGCUUGAGAUUUCCAUCAACGACUUGGUCUGAUAUGGUGGGAAAUAGCGCCGUUAGUUCAUUCAAAAAAAACGUUCCAAUUUUUGAUUCUCGCACAAACCGUGACGUCUUUGUCUAGAGCAUGGGCACGUUCUUAGAUACGUUAAUACACUUUAGCAAUUGCGAGUGCAGUCGGUUUGUCGAUCUAUCUGUAGGCAUUUGCGGAUUACUGUAGGAAUGAGCUUUCAAGAGGACAGAGGGAUACCUGUGAGCAUAACUGGACGAGUUUGAGCCGGUAGGAUUUCAAAUUAAAAGUCUACUCGGAAAUAGUUUCGGGGGGAGGUUCGAAUAUGCUCGCCGGAGAGGUUUAUUCUGAGAAGGUGCCAAGAAUCCGCACCACAAUU